AUGACAGACGUCGCAAGGAAGGGCUCUUUGAGCUUCCUCAACCCCUUCAAGACGAGGUCCGGAAGCCGGUCAAGUUCGAGGGCGUCGUCUGUGGUUGACUUCAAGAUCGGUGAUGAUGCAAAGAAGGCCUCGAUCUCCACAGUCACCCUCAAGGAAACAAACUCGUCUGGUAGAAGCUCGAGAGCAGGUUCUGUCAAGAACAGCCUCGAAUACACUCGGUCGUCUCGCCAGGCUUCCACCCUUGCCAGCAGAGGAGGGGAGGAUGAAUGGGAAAGAGAUGCCCAGACCGGCGAGCGAAGGGAUCAUACUGAGCUGUUACACAGUCUUGCCCACCGGGGCUCAGCAGAAUCUCUAGCUGACAAGGCUCAAGCCAUGUUCGUUGGGAUGCCGCCGCAGCCCGCGGCCGAUUUGUUCGCGAGGUUUCCCGCAAGUGUCUGGAGCCGGAUGGUGGAAUUCAUGGGUCCAGCAGAUAAAGCCAGCCUCGCCUUCUCGUGCAAACCAUUCCGGGACUUGCUAGGCACGGGGGUUUGGACCGAUUUGAAUAUCGCAGAGAACCGAGAUGCCAAAAUCGACUUGCUUGGUCGGUUGGAUGAACACCUCCCGAAUCAUCUGCUUUGCUUUCCGUGCGCAAUAUACCACGUCAGGUCACAGAAAGGCCAAGAAGUCCUACGUCCUACCAACGUCUCGAACCCCAUCUUCAACUGCCCGAAUGUCUUCAACAUCGAGAACAAAGUGUCACGACACCGAAUCACCGUGGGACGCGCUCUCCCAUUCCCAUUUGUGCAGCUCAUUCUGCGAGGCCAGAAGUACUCCAAAGAGCACGGGAUCCCAAUCGACUCCAUGUCACGGCGGUACAAGGAUCGAGAUGGAGAGUGGACCCAUCAAACACGCUACGUGAUCGUCAAUGGCCAUCUGCUGGUGCGGGUCAUCAGCUCAGCGUUUGCAACCCCGGCACUACCUCCGGCAGGGCUACGCCGAUUACUUUAUUCACCCAGCGACAAUUUCAAUCCAUACUUCUCUGUCUGCUCGCAUUGGAGGGAUGGCAAUCUGAUGCCCGCCGUCAAAUGUGCCCUGAGUCACAUUCCGAAACCGCCAGAGGGCAGCGGGAUCGCCGGCACCAGCGCGAAGGUACAUUAUCAUUUUCACCGACCUCAUCCCAUCAUCACCUUGUGCUCCGAAUGCAGACCCAUGCGGCGUUGUCCGGAAUGCCCGACCGAGUAUCUCAUCGAGAUGAGAGUGCAAGAGGACAGAAGUGACCCCGACCCAAGGAGGUUGUUCAAGCACGCCGUCGUAGUCACACGGUGGAGCGACCUUGGCGAUGGAUCCUCUCCUAAGAGCCUGGAAUGGGCUGCGUGCAAUGGAGAAGCCGAAUACGAUUCCUUCACAGCUCUCGGGAGACGUGCAAUUUCUGGCACUUUCGAGUCUCAGUUCACGGUCGACCAGAUCCCGGGACAAAAGAUGGUCUCGAUGAACCCGAACAAGAUCAAGCUCGGAGAAAAGGGGCACGAUUGGUAUUGA